AUGCUCAUCCUCCGAUCCUUGCUCCUAUCCCUCGGCAUUGCUGGAGUAUAUGGACAGACUGCCACUACCACAGCCCAGACAUCAUCCGUUACUGGAUGUCACAGCCAUGGCUCGGAUAUCUAUUGCAUCAACGGCGAAGGCCAAGAAGUCUUAGUCUCAGCGACAUCAACUCCUACAAGUGGAAUACCGGCACAGUACACAGGGUGUCAUUCCCACGGGAGUGAAUCAUACUGUAUGGAUGCAGAUGGAAAUGAUGUUUUAAUACAAGAAGAAGAAACGACGACGGAGAGUGAGACUGAGAGCGACCACGAUCAUGAUAAUGAGGAAUCAUCCAGUGGAACUGAAACAAACUGUCAUUUCCAUGCAGGUGUUGAACAUUGCGUCGGCGCGGGUGAAUCAGAAGAUAGCCAUGCUUCAUGCGAUAGCAUGACACGAGACUACGACGUGCCUUUACGAAUUGGCACCCUUUUCGUCAUUCUCGUCACUAGCGCAAUUGGUGUAUUUGCUCCAAUCCUACUACUGAAGCUUCCUUUUGCCUCUAUCAAUGGUGUGGUAUCGACUGUCAUCAAGCAAUUCGGAACUGGUAUUAUCAUCUCUACGGCUUUCAUCCAUCUCUACACACAUGCAAAUCUCAUGUUCACCAAUGAGUGUCUCGGGGAGCUCGAGUACGAAGCCACUACUUCCGCGGUGGUAUUGGCUGGUAUUUUCCUUGCAUUCUUGUUGGAAUUCAUCGGGCACAGAAUUGUCGUCGCUCGCAACAGCAAGAGGACUGUUUCCGAAACAUAUCCCUCGGAGUCCCAGCAACCAUCCCAAAAGGGCCAUUCCGAUCAGCCCCAAAGCCAGCAACAGCCCACUCUGGCGUGUCUCGGUCACAGCCAUGGCCCUCAGGACCCAACCGCACCGAACAGCAAAUUUUCAGUCCUUGUCAUGGAAGCUGGUGUUCUUUUCCACAGUAUUCUGAUCGGUCUCACUCUUGUCGUUGCUGGAGACUCUUUCUACAAGACGCUCUUGGUGGUCAUUGUCUUCCAUCAAUUCUUCGAGGGCUUAGCUCUCGGUGCUCGCAUUGCGACUCUUCCUGGUGCCAUUUUCCCUUCCAAGGCCAUUAUGGCGACAGCGUUUUCUCUGAUUACGCCUAUCGGUAUGGCUAUUGGACUUGGUGUGUUGCGCACCUUCAAUGGUAACUCCAGAAGCACAUUGAUUGCCCUUGGAACACUGGAUGCACUUUCUGCUGGUGUUCUGGUGUGGGUUGGUGUUGUGGAUAUGUGGGCCCGUGACUGGGUGAUUGAAGGGGGUGAAAUGAUGAAUGCAAACAUUGGAAAGGUUUUGACCGGAGGUCUUUCCAUGGUUGCUGGACUUGUGUUGAUGGGUCUACUUGGAAAAUGGGCUUGA